UCCCUGCAGCAUGGCCGCCGACUCAGCCUUCUUGGCGUUCCAAGCGCAGGAAAGCCGGGCCCGGGCUGGGGGCGCCAUGGGAGCCCUGAGGCUGCGGGGCCUGGGCCCGGUCACCAUGGACAGCUUCUUUUUCGGUUGUGAGCUGUCCGGGCAGGCUAGGUCCUACACCUUCAGGGUGGAGGAGGAGGACAACACGGAGCAUGUGCUGGCGUUGACCAUGCUCUGCCUCACAGAAGAUGCUAAGGAGGAGUGCAAUGUUGUGGAGGUGGUGGCCCGAAACCAUGACAAUGAGGAAAUUGCUGUGCCGUUGGCCAACCUGAAACUGUCCUGCCAGCCCAUGCUCAGCUUAGGUGACUUCCCACUCCAGCCUCCAGUGACUUUCCACCUGACGUCCGGCUCUGGCCCUGUGCAUGUCACCGGGAGGCACCAGAUUGUGUCUAUGGAAGGCAGUGAACUCUCGGAAGAGAAUGAGAGUGAAGACAGGGACCCAGAACUGCUGCCCGUCCUGCCUGCCAAGAAGCGGCAGGGGAGGCUAUAACUGGCAAGGGCCCACAGUUAUCUCUCCCUCCUACUCACAUGGUCCUGUUUCUCCUGGAUGUUUCAAAAGUGGUUUUUUUAUGGUUUUCUUGAUUUCUCAUCUGCAAGAGGAUAGGUUCCAGAACAGGUCUUAGGGACAAAGAGAAGGAGCCCUGGUGGCCUUUCUUACUCCCCAGCAGAACCCCAUCCUGAAGUCCCAGUAUCUAGAGUGGGAUAUUGUCCCAGCACAAGUCCUACUUCCUUCUGACCCCACUCCCCACCCCCAGAUCUCUUUGCUCUAGGCUUUUCUUACCUACAUAUAGGGAGAAAGGUGUGAGAUGGUGGGGUGGGGAGGGUCCAAGGGAAGGGAAGAACAAAGAUUUGCCCUUCCUUUGCCCUUCCUCCUGAGUGGGGCAGAUGGACAGUAAAAUGAUUUUAUUUAGAAAUCUAAGUAUUUCUAACAUUUUUACAUUUUUGGAAAAAGUUGAAAAUAAAGUAAUUUUUUCUCCCUGC